ACUUGACCUACUUUUCAGCAACACACACACUCGGAUCCCUUCCCCGCAUUGACAACCAAGACAGGAACGAGGAGGGAACAAGUUUUCACCGAGACCCAAGCGACGUAACCAGAAGAAAAUGGACAUGAAGAAAAGGGUAUCUCUGGAGCUCCGGCACAGGGCGCCGCCUGAUGUUCAGGAGUUGGUUCUUGAUAACUGCCGGAACAGCGAGGGCCGCAUCGAGGGUAUCACGCAGGAGUUUGAGAACCUGGAGCUGCUCAGCCUAAUCAACGUGGGCCUGGUCAGCGUGGCAGACAUCCCCAAGCUGGACAAACUGAAGAAAUUGGAGCUGAGUGACAACAGGAUAUCGGGUGGUCUGGAGGUGCUAGCGGAGCGGUUGGUGAACCUAACGCACCUCAACCUCAGUGGGAACAAGUUCAAGGACAUCAGCACCCUGGAGCCUCUGAAGAAGCUGCCGCAGCUGAAGAGCCUGGACCUGUUCAACUGCGAGGUGACGAACCUGACGGACUACCGGGACUCCAUCUUCCAGCUGCUCCCCCAGCUCACCUACCUCGACGGCUACGACAUCGACGACUGCGAGGCGUCCGACUCCGACGGCGAGGGCGACGGCGUGGACGACGAGGAGGACGAAGAGGGCGAGUCGGAGGAGUUUGAGGAGGAGGAGGAGGAGGAGGACGAGGAAGACGUUGUGGCCGUGGAGGAGGACGAUGACGACGACGACGACAGUGCGGAGGACGAGGAGACCGCGGUAAACGGAGAUGCAGACAGUGACGACGACGACGAUGCAGACAGCGACGAGGAUGAAGAUGAAGACUCGUCUCCUGCUAAGGGCGAGAAGAGGAAGAGGGACCCUGAAGACGAGGAAGAGGAGGAAGAAGAUUGAUGACCAACCAGCCCCUCCCCCUUUCACCUCUGACCUCAUGCCCUCUGACCCCUCCCCCUGUCACCUCUGGGCUGAGUUCCAAUUCUUUCUAACUCAUAUGAGCUGAGGUAAUGGCAACAUAGUAGCCAUUAGCCCCACAAGUCUUUCUCCAUCCUCUCACUUCCUGUGACAUGACUGUUGCAAGGCAACAAGUGAUAGUUUUCCCCACAUGGUUCUGUUUGUACACCCCGUGACUUUAACCAGAGGUCAUGGCCUGCGAGUUAUUCAGAAUGGAACGCAGCCCUUAAACUCCCUCCCCCCUUCACACACAUACAAACAUACACACAAACAUACAUAUACACAAACACACGCACACACUUUGAUUCCCUGUGUUGAGCUACUUGUGCUCCCUCGCCCCUCUGACACCGGCCUGGGACCAGUGUUGAGUGACAUGACAUCACAGACAAAGGGCCAGGGUUUGUGACCUCAUAAACACUGGCCCAGUGUUUAUGACCUCACAAACGCUGGGCCAGUGUUUGUGACCUCACAGAUGGGGGUUUUCCUCGUAGCUCAGUGCAGGAAGCCCCUCCUGCUUUUUAAAAGAGUUAUUUUUUCAGAGUAUUAGUUUGUUUCUGGUGAUUGUGUGUGGUGUACGGUCCCUCGUGGUUUCUCCACCACUUCAUUUGACUACUCGUGGUUGUAAUUUUUUUUUUUACUUUCUGUAAGUUAAAUGGAAAAACAAACAAAAAACCUAUAAAUGAACUUUGUAAAUAAAAUCUUAACAUUGUG